AUGGCUUUCAAAGACGGAACUGAUGCAAAUGAUACGAUUACGCUUGCACAUGCAAUUCUUACCGAUCAUACAGUUCCUAGCGUUGGUUAUUUUUUUGGGAAUUUAACAAACAAUAUUCUUCAACUGUUGAUUCAAGAAUUGUGUGUCAACAACGAUGAUAGAAGUUCUCCACCACGACCAGUUUCACCGUUACAUCAGCCAACAACAGUAAGACCUGACAAAUUUGUACUCAAUCAGCCGGUGACAAUUCAAUUAAUAGACAAAAACACACAGAAACUGGUGAAUGGAACUAUUCGUUCAUUGGCUUUUCAACGAAAAUGA